AGUGUGUUGCAGGAGAGCGUGGCGCUAUCGUGCGCUGUCCGUAACUAGGCAGCAGCGGCGCAUAAUAUCUGGCAACCCACAGCAGCAGCGGAUUGCCUUCUGCCAGUGUAAUAUCAACAUUGGAAAGGACGCAGGCAAAAUACAGAGAUGGCAGUGAAUGUAUACUCCACGUCAGUAACCAUCGAGAACCUGAGCCGACAUGACAUGUUGGCAUGGGUGAACGAUUCGAUUCAGCUCACCUACACCAAAAUCGAACAAUUAAGUUCAGGGGCGGCUUAUUGUCAGUUCAUGGACAUGUUGUUCCCAGGCUGUAUUCUUUUGAAGAAAGUGAAAUUUCAAGCAAAACUGGAACAUGAGUUUAUACACAACUUCAAAGUACUCCAGGCAGCUUUCAAGAGGAUGAACGUCGAUAAAAUAAUUCCUGUGGAAAGAUUAGUGAAAGGAAAAUUCCAGGACAACUUUGAAUUUGUCCAGUGGUUUAAAAAAUUCUUUGAUGCCAACUAUGACGGAAAAGAGUAUGAUCCCCUUCAAGCUAGACAGGGCCAAGAUAUGGCACCUCCACCAAAUCCAGGUGAACACUUUUCCUACAAACCCAAGAGAACUGGUCCCUCAGGGCCUCAGAGAACAUCGCCAACAGUACCUAAAAACAUGCCCACACCACAGAGGGUGACCACCACCAUAAGGAAGAACCCCACACAUGCCCGAAACGGGACAAGCGAUGCUGAAAUCAUGGAGCUUAAUCAACAGUUGAUGGAGCUGAAGUUAACUGUGGACGGUCUGGAAAAGGAGAGAGAUUUCUACUUCAGCAAACUUCGAGACAUUGAACUGAUCUGUCAAGAACACGAGCCCGAAAACAAUCCAAUUAUGAGCAGGAUAAUUGACAUUCUGUAUGCCACAGAGGAUGGCUUUGCACCGCCAGAAGAUGAUGAAAUAGACGAGCAGGCCCACUUGGACCAGGAUGAAUACUGAGCAUCCUCCUUUUCUCUUCCACAUUGUCGUGAUCCUUCACCAUUUCCUCUUCCCACCACUUUGAAUGACUCCCCCCUCUCGCACGCUGUUAAUAUCCCCCUCGGUUUCCUACAAAUGUAUAUAUACUCUUAUCUGUUUGUCCUCCGACGCUGGUUUAUGCACUACAUACGCAUCAACAAACACUCUCCGUCCUCACCCCAUCCAGACUGUAGCACCAAUAACGACACGUCCUAGCCGUCUCAGCAUGUUUUACAUAUCGACAUAGAGAAUGAAGAAAAUAAAAGGCAUCAUAGAUUGUCGGUAGCACAAAGGACUGAAAAGAAAAGUGUAAAUAUUGUGACAGGAAAGAUGUUUUUAAAGAAAAAAAGAAAAUGAAGAAAAUUGUCGCCUGGAAUGCAGUUAUUCAUUGUGAGAUUUUCUUUGAGGUCUGUUUUGGCUCCAUUCAGUAUGAAAUGAUCAGCAUCACGCCAUCCAUCUGUGUCUCCAGCUUCAGUCUGCCUCUCUCACUGACUGUACACUUUUAAAGAGAUGCUCCACUC